AAAGCCAAUUAGCGCAAUUGCAAGUAGAGAAAAAAAUGAUCCCAGAGGUGGUUCUGAGCUCUGGACAUAAGAUGCCAUCGGUAGGCAUGGGUGCGGGAGCCCACCCUCUGGUACCUCUCCCACCCCCUGACGCUCUCGUCUCAAUAUUUGUCGAUGCCAUCGAAGCUGGUUACAGCCAUUUCGACACUGCUUCCAUCUAUCAGACUGAAGAGCCCCUCGGCCGAGCGAUAGCCCAAGCACUCGAGCAAGGUCUGAUCAAGAGUCGUGAUGACCUUUUCAUCACAUCCAAGUUAUGGUGCACAGAUGCCGACCCUGAUCUCGUCCUACCGGCGCUCAAGAGGACACUUAAGAAACUUGGGCUAGAGUACCUUGAUCUCUACCUCAUACAUUGGCCUGUAAGGUUGAAACAAGGAGCUUCAGUAGUCCCUUUCCCAAAGGAAGAUAUCCUUCCCUUUGAUAUGAAGAGGACGUGGGAAGCCAUGGAAGAGUGUUGCAGGCUGGGCCUAGCCAAGUCUAUUGGUGUCAGCAACUUCUCUCGCAAGAAACUCUCUCAACUCCUGGAUCAUGCCACCAUUCCUCCUGCCGUCAAUCAGGUUGAAAUGAAUCCUGCAUGGCAACAGAAGGAGCUGAGGGAAUUCUGCAAGGAGAAUGGGAUUCAUGUCUGCGCCUGGUCACCUUUGGCAAAAAAUGGAGCUCCAGGGGGUUCCCUUGCGGUCAUGAAAAGUCCGAUUCUCAAAGAUAUUGCCAUGGCCAAGCGAAAGAGCAUAGCACAGAUUUCAAUGAGAUGGAUAUAUCAGCAAGAGGUGACUCCAAUAGUCAAGACCUACAACAAGGAAAGGAUGAAAGAAAACCUCCAAAUCUUCGACUGGGAAUUGAGCGAUGAAGAAUUGGAUAAGAUAAGCAGGAUUCCUCAGCAAAGUGGAUCAUCAGGAAAAAUGUUUGUUUCACCAAACGGACCUUAUAAGACAAUAGAAGAAGUUUGGGAUUGAUGACUGUAUCUAAUAUAAGGUCAUCUUUCAAGUAUUAAUGCUUGUUGAAUUAUGUUGUAUCAAUGGUUCUCCCUUUUAAUUUCUAUGCACCUUAGUUUACUUUGUUAA